AUGCCCGAGCUCAGCAAGGCUAUGGAUAUCACAUUCCCGAAGUGGCUCGAUGAUUUCGGAAUCAAGGAGACAGGCGGCUCUCGUUAUGAGGAUAAAGUACCGCCAACACUUAGCCCUCUCGCACUUGGUCCUCACUAUUGGCUCUUUGAACAGAGGCAAGACUGGGGUUAUGAUGGAAGAGCUGGCUUGAGCAUCCAUGAAAUAAUGAAAACCAUCCAGUCCCACGAUAUGUACGAUGUUCAACCUAUAGAUAUCCCAGAAGAUUGGAAGGCAAGGCUGAUCUCGGCCCAGAACGAGCAGCCGGACUCGGUCGCCUCUCUCUUACACUCGUGCAUAUGCGAGUAUCUCGAUGGCAUGAAUACGAUUUGGCCGAUCGUGUUGUACAAGCCAAGGGCUGACUUCUCCACCAUCCCAUAUCCGUUGCCGAACUUAACUCUACAUCAAGUCCAGGAUCCCGACUUAGCUUUCUACAGCGUCGAAUGGACUAUCCUCAAAAUCUUCUCGAAAGGGCAUCCUGGCGCUACUAGAUAUCGCGAGCUUGGUCUCAGGAGCUUUUUUGACACCAUUCUUCCAGCCGUCUGCUAUCAGAUUCGAGGCUGUGAGGUGCUUAGAUCAAUGUCCAUCGCUUUCCCCCAAUACUCGUCCGAUUUCGGGUCUUCAACAUGUCCCGAUUAUGCUUGUCGUCCGACUCGUGAUAACCUACCAAAUGGCCUGCCUAAUGGAUUUACACCCAUUUUAUUUGCGGCUCACCACGUGGAGAAUCUCAAAAGAUUUGAGCAUGCAGAAAUCUCCUGUGUUCGGCCAGGGCCACCAGAACGUAUGCCCGAUCGAUCGCAAGGGCUUGUCGAGCUAGCAAAAAUCUUUCAACCGUCAUUACAGCUUCUGGUGAUGCACCUGACCAAGGCCCACUGCCUUGAUGGAAAAUGGGACCCAGAGUGGAAUCCGAUUGUCUCCUCCGACUCGAAAAAACCUCCAAUUCCACGCAAGUUCUUCUUCUUUGGAAUGAACUACUCCCAGCUCGAUUGCAUUGUCUAUGCUUUCUUCCCGCGCUACAAAGUCAAUUCCGAAGGGCGUCUUGAGUGGGGUUUCUGCGCUUAUGAAGCCUACACUCCUCAACCCACAGAGGGUUCAACACGUUCCUCCGAAUUCAACGGCAUACCGCCGAAUUGGUCAAUAUCUUCAAAGAAUACUCGCUCUCCUUAUGAAACAUUCCUCUCGCAGAGGAACGACGAUCUUCAAUGCCACCUCAAACCACUCCAGCUGCCAGCGAUGAUGUCAAGUUCCAGAGACGAUGAAUAUUGGAAGCGUCUCAAUGUCGAAUCUGGAAUGAAGACUUGGCAGGAUGCCCAUGGCGUCUUGUGGAGAGUGAUGCGUGGAGAAGCGGCCGAAGGAAGUCAGUCGGCAUUGCAUGCAAGCAACGUUGGCCAACUGAGCCUUGUAUCCCAGUACGGCUGGCGAUUUUUCUUGUCAAAUGAUUCAAAUAUACAACUUCUUGGGUUGGAUCGUCGUACAGUGCACACAUCUUUCCACCAAGUAUUGCAUCAUGCGAUCUUUAUUCUGAAAGCUGUUCAGGAACACACGCUGUUAAUUCCUGAUACUUGGCCGAAUUUUGACGAAACAUUGGAUAUUGAAAAUGGUAAGGAGGUCGUCCGAGCACCGAUGAGAGUAUAUCCCCAGAGUUUAGAAAAAAAGCUGCCGGCCGGAACCUUCUCAGUCACGGAGAUCAAUGACUCCCAAAACUCCCCUGAAACCGAAGUUGCCAGCCUCACAUCAGGUGUCAUCACCCUCGGCUUGUGGGAUGGAGAGAAUGACAGCGAUGAGCAAUUGGACGUCGCAUUCACCAUGCUUCAAAAUUGUCUGUUGCCCGGCAAUCACAAAGCCACGUCGGAGCUUGGCGUCGAGCGCGUUAUUGGACCAAUUGUAGAGGGCGCUUCUUACGUGAAGAAUAGCAAAGUUUUAUCAGGAAAAUCUGUGAAGAUGACUCUCAUUCUUGGAUGUUUCGGCUCAUACUCUUCGAGCGAUCUUUGCACGAGAAUGGAGCUUAUCGCUGACCCAGGUUCUCCUGAUCUGUCCAUUCUCUAUCCCGUGGUUUUUGGCGCGGAUGCGAAGGAAACCUUGGGUAAUCAUAAAGAGGAUAGAAAUGCAGGAAAAGCCAAAGGCAAAUCCCAAAAGAGAGACGCCAAUGUAGGUCUAGAGGAGGGGUCCAUAAAUUCAAGCGUCGCAAAACUGCUUGAUGGAACAUUGAAGAUAUUCAUUGCGCACCUUUGUGAGACGGAGGAAUCGAGAAUUCCUGACGCCGUGAAGGAAGGAUGGCACAUGCUUUCCGAGGAAGAGAUAACGAGAGCCAAGGUGAAAGCUGUCGAAUGGGAAAAGCUCGAACUCAAGCCUAAACCGCGACUGAAGAUCCCCAAAUGUAUGUUCGUGAAUGGGAUUGGAUACGACUAUGUCGGAUUCACCGUAUACGUCUACUACCCCGUCCUUCACGUGAGAGCAGGACACCCGGAAUGGGAACUCAACUGCGUCCAAGUGGUCCCUUCCUUCGAGGACGUAUUUAUAAGAUAUAGUCCACCACGACGUAUCAACGCCUUCAAUGUAUUACUGGCUAUGCGUCGUCACGCUCGUUUCCUUGUCCAAACCCUCCGUGGCUCACAAGAUCGACUGCGAUUGCCGAACGAGUUUAUCAAGUUGGCUAGGAUGACGGAGGAUGAAGAGGCGAAGAAGGGAAAGAGAGGUAAACCAGCCCCAAAACACGCCGACACUCCUCUUGAGAACGCAAGGAUGAAGAAGAGUACAGCGACAGGAGGGAAGGGGGCCACCUCGAAGGCGAAGAAGCCAAAGAAAUCGGACGAUGAUGGCAACUAUAUUUCGACGAGCAAUAUCACACUGGACGACAGAUAUGAUGUCCCGAAAACCAGGAAGAUCGCCGUCAAUUAUAAGGAGAGUAGUGGAGGAGAAUCAGAUCUGAUAACGCUUUCAGUGAUGACCCAAAGGGCAAGAAAAAGGCGAAAUAGGUGGAGUGGUGGGAAUAUGUGCUAUUCGUCGGAACCAUGCACGGCAGUGUCAUAUCGCGCUGCCCAUAGGAACUAA